AACACAUCACGAGGUGGCAGCACUGGGACACCAAUGGAUGGAAACGCCAAACACUACAUCCAUAGAAGAAGAGAAGCAGGAAUUGGUGCUAAGUUAAUUACUUCAGUCGGUGCCUGUAAUAUUUGAUUAUUAUUUAAUGGCGGAUGACAAGGAGCAAUUGGAAGAUGCAGCAGAGCAGGCCACAGCCAGCUGCUCCGCUUCACCGAGAGACCGUGUGCGUGUCGACAGUCAACUCCAAGAGGCAGUUCGUUUAAAAACAGAAGGCAACACAUUCUAUCGAGACAAAAAUAUUCGAUCUGCCAUUGGACGUUAUCAUCGUGCCUUGAUUGUUCUACGUGGCCUUGACUCUAAGGUUACGUCUGCAGUCGAAGGUUUCGGACCCAAAGCACCUGUACUCAACUCGGAACAACAGGAACUCUUAAGGAACACACAGAUCGACUGCUAUAACAAUCUGGCAGCUUGUUUGCUACAGCGGGAAAGUGUGGACUAUUCACGGGUGCAGGAAUACAGCCUUCAUGUUCUUGAGUUGCGGCCAGGUGACAUCAAAGCACUCUACAGAGCUGGGGUGGCCACCCUGGAGUUAGGAGAUGCUCAAUCUGCUCGGCAGUAUCUCAUGCAGGCCAGCAGGGGGAAACCUAAUGAUGCCAAUGUGAAAAGGCAGCUGCAGAGAGCGGAGGAGAGGCUCAGUAAAGACUACCAGAAAGAGAAGGCCCUGUACAAAGGCAUGUUCAGCCAACAGAAGCAAGAAGGGCAAGGAGACAUGGCAGUGACCCAGAAACAUGUCUAACAGGACUAAUGUUCUAAAGUUGAAUUAAAGUUCAGAUUCCUAAGGGCAAGGCUAAAGAUGUGAGCAAUGCUGCCUGUUACUGCUUGCCAAACACUACGAAACAUGUCCCUGUAAAUCGGGCGAGACUGAGGUUUGGUGGAUGAGAUGUUUGAGAACCAUCAACUGCUACAGAUGGACUGUCAAAAUGAACCUUCCUGCACUGACUGAGAGAAGUUUGGUUAUCUACUCCUAGGUUAUGUUUGUCUUCAGCAGUGAUUGUCUUCAAAUGGUUGAUCUUUUGUCACCACUUGAAUAGGUAACACACCCUCAUUUUUUUCCACUUUGUUUUAAUGAAAUCAAUAAAUAUUUUUGAAGUGAA